CGCAACACGAGUAGAACUUUUCACGCCGCUGCGGAAAAUUCUUGUAUAGUAAAGUAUUAUCAUUGUGUAUUCCUACAAAUAUUUCACUAUUCACUGAUACAGUAAUUAAUCAUUGUGUAUAAAUUGUAUAAGAAUAUGUACAACAACUUUGUUGAAUUUGUAAUUUUCUGUACGUCUUGAGUGUUGUGUUGUUUGUAUACUCAGUACUAGCAGCAAGCAAUGUGUUGUUGCUGUCGCUCUCGUCGCGUUUCUUUGCAAAUAUCAAUAAGAACUAAAGUAUAAGUAAAGACCAUAUCUAAAACGCCGAAAAUAAUUAUAAUAAAAGUAAUAUGAUUUAUGAAAAUUUGUUUUGAGAAGGCUCUUGAAAAUUGAAUAACUAAAACUUAAUAAAAAGAAGAAAGUGAAAAGUAAUUAUAUGUUAAAGCAAAUAUCAGGAACAAACAUUGGAAACUUUUGUGCACAUCCGCAAAUUCCGCGAACAUAACUGUAAGAACGUAUAAUACAGUAAAAGGUGAAAAAACAAUCUGCGGUAUCUAAGCUCAAGUGAAGUGAAUUUUAAAAUAUUCAAAAUAAAUUAAACUUGAAAUAUAAGUGUGCUUUUAAAUUCGUCAGGGUAAAGUUUGUUUGAUCUUGUGUCACUUGUAUGUUCAAACGAUAGCCCUAUAAGUCAAUAAACACAAAAGAAAACACAUGAAUUGGAAGGACAGCUAAACUAAAUGUGUACAUGUGUUGUCGCUAUUUGUAAUUGUGUAUGGUGAGCUGAAAAAAGGAUCUCAAUUGUGUUUAAGUCGAGAAAAAGCAUUUGUAAAAUAUUUGUGUGUAAAUAAGUAUAUAUAUACAUAUAUCAUUGGAUCAAUUGUAAACAAACAUUAAGUGUAGUGUUAUGAGCUAUUUUAUCAACCGCAUCUGUAUAAAGCAAAGAAAAAAGUAAAUGAUAAAUAAUUGUAUUAAAGCUUUUCAAGCAUUUGUAAAUUAAAAAUAUCAAUAUCAAAAGCAGUAACGGUUUCCUGCAAUUUUACGAGGAUAAUCGAAAAUCACAUCAGCUACAUCUUCACGCCGAUAAAAAGGUUGCUAUCCAACAUUUUAAAUAAAUGUUUGUGUUUCAAAGAAAAAUUGUCGUGAAAGUGUAAAAAUAGUGUGUUAAGGUCGCAUUUAGUUAACAGCAUUUGAUUUUAUUCAUUCCGUGUGCAAAAGAUUAAAAAUCGGUUGUUUAAGCUUCGAUCACGCAUACAAGUAAAAAAUAAUUCUAAUUUCCCGCGUUGUAAAGCUCAAAAAGUUAAUAAGUAAUAAAAUCGGCUUAUUAUCAAUCGAAAAGAAAUACUAGUGCUUCAAAUUUUAUUUGGCUAUUGUGCGUGUGUUAAGUAAAAGCCGUCAAAAUAGAGCUGUUACCAACGCCCACGAUUUCCAUAUCCACGGUUGCACCGCCAACGCUCUCGCCCCAUCAUCAUCCUCACCAUCAGCCUCACCAUCUGCAACAAUCUUUUCAACAGCAGCAGCAACCACCGCAGCAACAACAACAUCAUCAUCCUAAUCUGCAUACAACAUUCGGUGGCGGCUUUCAUCAUCCUUUCCCGCCACUUUUACCGCAUCAACAGCAACAGCAGCAACAACAGCAGACACAAUCGCAACCUAAUUUUCUGCUAACACCGCCACUGCCGGCAACGCCGCAAUCACAACUGCAACUGCAACAGCAGCAGCAGCAUCAUCAUCAUCAUCAACAACAACAACAGCAGCAGCCUCAUCAGCAGCAACAACAUAUGAAGUUAUUAGGUGGCAACGAUGAUCGUAAUGGGCGCGGCGACCAAAGUAUUCCGCGCGUGCAGGAAGAGGCAGCUGGCGGCUUUAUAUUUCAACCGCCCGGCACAUCCAUGCACGACAUGGCUGCUGCUGAAUAUGCUGCUCAAUUUGCGCAGAAACGCUGGGCUUGCGGUGAUGAACAUCCUAUUGAUAACCCCGAUAAAUGGAAGUACAAUCCACCGCCGCAAAUGAACACGGGCAGUGUGACACCAGGUGCAUUACCAGGCAGUGGACCGGGCACCAUUGGCCCCAUUGGUAUGGGCGCCAACAUCGGUAGUAUCGGUACGAAUGGUGGUAUGCAUCCAUCGAUGGGUGGACCCUCUCAGAUGGGUGUUGGUCAGAUGGGUGUGAGCGGUGGAAGUGCAGCCGCAACUGCCGCUGGCAUGGCGGCAAUGCAUACUGCUGCUGUGGCCAAGCACAAUCAUAUGAUGUCACAGGUUGUUGCCGCACAACAGCAACAUCAGCAGCAGCAACAACAACAUCAACAACAGCAGCAGCAGCAGCAGCAGCAACAACAUCAGCAACAGCAGCAGCAGCAACAUCAACAACAGCAACAACAACAACCGCCACACCCGGCACAUCAGCAAUCGGCGCAACAACAGCAGCAACAUGGUGGUAACGGUGGUCAACAGAUGCCAAUGUCCCACUCACAACAGCAGCAACAGCAUCAACAACAACAACAUGGGCCGCCACACCCCUCUCAAAUGACGCCACAUCAACAAUUCGGUUCGAAUUUACUGAAUCAUGCAAUGAAUAAUCCAGCAGCUGCUGCGGCGGCUGCCGCUAUUGCAGCAAGCAUGCAACCACCGCACAUGCAAAUGCCAGCCGGCAUGCAAGCAGGCAAUUGCAAUAUGUACGAUCCGGGGGUGCAUCCAGGUGUGGGCAUGAACGGUGUGCCAAAGCCACCGGGACCACCCGGUCCACCUGGCGGACCUGGUGAGCUAGUGUACUUCGGUGGACAACCACCAAAUGCUGCUGCGGCCGCUGCCGCCGCCGCCAUGGGCAUGUUGCCACAAAAUCCAUUUAUGAAUAAUGCUGCCGCGGCUGCUGCUGCCGCUAACCGUAAUGCAGCAGCGAUCACCACAUCCACUGCCAAAAAGCUAUGGGAGAAAUCCGAUGGCAAAGGUACCACUUCAGGCGGCGUUACUGGUGGUCCAUUAAAUCCACUACACAUCCCCGGCGUUGGCGAUCAUCCAGUUUGGAAAGAUUCCACAUGGUCUACACAAGGCGAAAAUAUUUUGGCACCACCACGGCCACGCACCUUCCCACAAGCACCGGAAACGAAUGCGAGCACCAAUGCCGGUAUUCUAAGCCCACGUGACGCCACAAGCGGUUUGGGUGUUAAAAUGGUUGAAUAUGUGUUGGGCGGUUCACCGACUAAUAAGGAGAGUCCACUAUCCAGCCUUGAGCCACGUUUGCGUAGUCUGAAGUUCGAUGAUAAUGAUAAGCCUCACGAUGACAAAGAGAAGGCCAAUUCUCCGUUUGACACAAACGGCCUAAAGAAAGACGACCAAGUAACAAAUACUAAUGGCGUAGCCAAUGGCAUCGAUGAUGACAAAGGAUUUAAAGCCAUAAUUACAUUCUCCGAAUAUAAUUCCGAAUCAAAUUCCGAGUCUGAGUCAAAUUCCGAGUUCGAAUCAAAUUCCGAGUCCGAGUCAAAUACCGAGUUCGAGUCAAAUUCCGUGUCUGAGUCAAAUUCCGAGUCUGACCCAAACUCCAAGGGCGAGUCAAAUUCCGAGUCUCAGAAAAAUUCCGAGUCUGAGUCAAAUUUCGAGUCCGAGUCAAAUUCCGAGUCCGAAUCAAAUUCCGAGUUCGAAUCAAAUUCCGUGUCUGAAUCAAAUUCCGAGUUUAAGUCUAAUUCCGAGUCUGACCCAAAUUCCGAGUCCGAGUCGAAUUCCGAGUCCGAGUCAAAUUUGAUGAGAUGGUGGUACCUACGUAAGUAG